UGGAGCUCAGUUGCAUUGCGCGAGCGCUGGCGUUGCCAUCAACGAUCGUAGCGCGGAUACCGAGACUGAGAUUGAGAUACUUUGUGCGUUUUUACAGCGACACGAGCAGAAAGAUGAGCGGCGAGGCCAAGAUCAUAUCCGGCACACUGGUGGCCAAAAACAUACGCGAGGAGCUGAGCCGUGAGGUCAAAGCUUUGGGUGAGCAGUUUGCACCUGGAUUGCGUAUUGUUCAGGUGGGCGGACGAGAGGACUCCAAUGUGUACAUACGCAUGAAGAUCAAGGCGGCCACCGAGAUUGGCAUCCAGGCGGAGCACGUCCAGUUGCCGCGCUCUAUCACCGAACUGCAGCUGCUCGAUAAGGUGCGCGAACUGAAUGCUGAUCCACGGGUGCACGGCAUCAUUGUCCAGAUGCCACUGGAUAGCGACACCAAGAUCGAUGCUCAUCGCGUUGCGGAUGCCGUCUCCCCCGCCAAGGAUGUCGAUGGUCUGCACACGCUGAACGAGGGACGCUUGGCCACCGGCGACAUGAGCGGAUUUCUGCCCUGCACACCUUGGGGCUGCCUGGAGCUGAUACGUCGCACUGGUGUCGAGAUUGCUGGCGCUCAAGCUGUUGUCUUGGGACGUAGCAAGAUUGUUGGUACUCCGGCUGCUGAGUUGCUCAAGUGGAAUAAUGCCACGGUCACUGUUUGCCAUUCGAAGACACGCAAUCUGGAGCAGAUUACACGCAAUGCGGACAUCUUGAUCGUGGCCAUUGGUGUGCCGGAGUUGGUCAAGGGUUCGUGGAUCAAGCCAGGCGCUGUGGUCAUCGAUUGUGGCAUCAAUUGCAUUCCAGACGCCAGCAAGUCAAGUGGCAAUCGCUUGGUGGGCGACGUGGACUACGAGCAGGCGAAACAGGUGGCCGGCUUUCUGACACCCGUGCCCGGCGGCGUCGGACCCAUGACGGUGGCCAUGCUCAUGAAGAACACCGUGGCCUCGGCCACCAAGGCGGCGGCGCGCGCCAAACGCAGCAACUGGACACUGCAACCGCUGCCGCUGCAGCCAGAGCGUCCAGUGCCGAGCGAUAUUGUGAUUGCACGCGCUCAACGGCCGAAGAACAUCGGACAUCUGGCCGAGGAGAUUGGACUGGAGGCGAGCGAAGUGUCGUUGUAUGGCAGCAACAAGGCCAAGAUUUCGUUGAAUGUGCUGCAGCGUCUGCGCGAACGCCAAGCGGGCAACUAUGUGGUGGUGGCUGGCAUAACGCCCACUCCCUUGGGUGAGGGCAAGACCACCACUCUGAUGGGUCUGGUCCAGGCAUUAGGUGCACACAAACAGAAGAAUGUGAUGGCUGCACUGCGUCAACCAUCGCAGGGACCAACGUUCGGCAUCAAGGGUGGCGCAGCCGGCGGUGGUUACGCUCAAGUUAUACCCAUGGAGGAGUUUAAUUUGCAUCUCACUGGCGAUAUACACGCAGUGUCAGCGGCGAAUAAUCUGCUGGCCGCACAGCUGGACACACGCAUCUUCCAUGAGGCGACGCAGUCGGACAAGGCGUUGUAUCAGCGCCUGGUGCCCAAGAUCAAGGGACAGCGCAAGUUUAGUCCGAUACAGCUGCGACGUUUGCAGCGUUUGGGCAUUGACAAGACCGAUCCCGAUGCCCUGACAGAGUCGGAAUAUGGACAAUUUGCCCGGUUGGACAUUGACCCAGAUACGAUUAUGUGGGAGCGUGUGGUGGACAUGAAUGAUCGGUAUCUGCGUGCGAUCACCAUCGGAGAGUCGCCCACAGAGAAAGGUUUGAGUCGCAAGACACGCUUCUCAAUUGCCGUUGCCAGCGAGAUUAUGGCUGUGUUGGCGCUCUCCGGUUGCUUGGCGGACAUGAAGCAGCGUCUGGGCGACAUGGUGGUGGCCUUCAAUAAGAGUGGACAACCCGUGACGGCUGAUGAUUUGGGCGUCACUGGCGCUUUAGCUGUGCUUCUCAAGGAUGCGCUGGAACCCAAUUUGAUGCAGUCGCUGGAGGGAACACCUGUGCUUGUCCAUGCUGGGCCCUUUGCCAACAUUGCGCAUGGCUGCAAUUCGAUAAUUGCCGAUGAGAUUGGCCUCAAGUUGGUGGGCAGCGAUGGCUUUGUGUGCACCGAGGCGGGCUUCGGCUCCGACAUUGGCAUGGAGAAGUUCUGCAAUAUCAAGUGCCGCAAUUCGGGACGCAAACCCAAUGCCAUGGUCCUCGUGACCACGGUGCGUGCGAUUAAGAUGCAUGGCGGCGGUGCACCGGUCACGCCGGGCACACCGCUCAACAAACAGUAUACGGAGGAGAAUCUGGAGCUGCUGGAGAAGGGUUUGCCCAAUCUGCUGCAGCACAUUUCGAAUGGACGCGCCUUUGGCAUGCCCGUUGUGGUGUCCAUCAAUGCCCAUGUGGCUGAUACCCCGGCUGAGCAUCAGUUGCUCAAGGAUGCUGCGUUGAGGGCGGGCGCCUUUGCUGCUGUCGUCUCUACACACUGGUCUGAUGGUGGUGCUGGCGCUGUGCCCUUGGCUGAGGCGGUAAUCGAAGCCUGCAAGUUGCCCAACAAGUUUAAGCUGCUGUACGACGUGGAGUUGCCGCUCGAGGAUAAGAUGAACAAGAUUGCGCAGACCAUGUACGGAGCUGGCAAGGUGGAGCUGUCCAAGGAGGCGCUAGAACAGGUUAAACGCCUGACUGACGCAGGCUUUGGCAAGUUGCCCAUCUGCAUGUCCAAGACUUCGGGCUCCGUCACUGGCGAUGCCAACAUCAAGGGUGCUCCCAAGGGUUUCACCUUGAACGUGGAGAGCGUUUAUGUUUCUGCGGGCGCUGGCUUUGUGGUGGCCAUGUGCGGUGAUAUUACCAAAAUGCCGGGACUCUCCACACGCCCGGCCAUCUAUGACAUCGAUCUGAAUACCGAAACUGGUCAGAUUGAGGGACUGUUCUAAAUCAAACAAUUCCAAUUAUUAUUUGAAUUCUAGUUUAAUCAUUCCUAACUCUUUUAUUAUAUGUUUAUUGUUUUGCAUAUUGCGCCUAAAUAUAUCUAAUCGGACGACUUUUGUAUAA